GUAUUUUUAAAAAUGGGAAAUGUACCCUAGCGUGACCGACAGAAUAGAUGAAGUACGCUUGAGAGGAUUUGCUGUUGGCAGUGAGGCUGGGCUUUUCUCCACGGACGCUCGCCUGUGAGAACAUCAUGAGGGGCCUCAGCAGCCUGACCUGUGCAAUCAAACUCCUUCUCCUGCUCGCAGUGAGUGAAUCUUCAGCACAGACGAUCACUGGGUUCGCUGGGAGGAGAGUCACCCUGCCUUGCAAAUAUAAUGGCAAUUAUUACGGCCGUCUGCCUGCGUGCUGGGGGCGAGGUGCGGUGCCACUACGAGGCUGCAGUAACAGGAUCAUCAGUACCAACGGGCGAAUAGUGACUUUCAGAAGCAGUGCCAGAUAUUUGUUAGAGAUCAGCCAGGGCGAUGUCUCCCUGACCAUUCUCAAUGCUGUGGAAAGUGACUCUGGGACGUACGGAUGCCGUGUGGAUAUUCCAGGACUGUUUAAUGACCAGAAAAGAAAUGUCUUUCUAAUGAUUCUGAAAGGACCUCCAACGACAACACAGGCUCCCGUGACAUCAACUGCGCCGACAGAGCCUCAGACCACUACAGGACCUACAACAACAACACAGGCUCCCGUGACAUCAACUGCGCCGACAGAGCCUCAGACCACUACAGCACCUACAACAACAACACAGGCUCCCGUGACAUCAACUGCGCCGACAGAGCCUCAGACCACUACAGGACCUCCAACGACAACACAGGCUCCCGUGACAUCAACUGCGCCGACAGAGCCUCAGACCACUACAGGACCUCCAACGACAACACAGGCUCCCGUGACAUCAACUGCGCCGACAGAGCCUCAGACCACUACAGGACCUCCAACGACAACACAGGCUCCCAUGACGUCAACUGCGCCGACUGAAACCACAAGGACACUGACCAGUACAGCCAUGGACACUCAUGCUGCUCCAGUGAAAACAGAUUCUGCUGCCAUGCUGCCCUCGCCGGUGCAUCCAGCGUCUUUCAAAGGCCACUCUCCUGCAUCAGCACCACCUCCUACGUCAUCACCAUGGCGACCCAUCCAUGAAAACACAGAGAUGCUGCCUACCGCAAGCACUGAGAGAAAAGAUGCAACUCAUCCAGAUUUUUCUGAGAAGUGGAAAGAUAUACUACGACUGAGCCUCUGGAUUCUGUUACCUGGGUCAGCUAUGUUUCUGGUGGCUGUGGGUCUGAUCAAAUGGCGAAAGAUCAAGGCAUCAGGCAGUUUUAACCUAUUUCGGCAGUCGAAUGCUUUUUGGCAAAGACAGCUGUGGAAAAAACAGGAAAUUCAAGCAACAUACCAGAGAAAUCAAUGAAGAACCUGUAGAGUAACAGCAACUCAGAAACACAUCUUGAAUGAUCACUGACUUUUCAUCAGCAGCCUUUUCACUGAGUUGUUUUCUGAACAGGUUUAAAAGGAAACCUUGAAAAUGUUUUUUGCAUAAAGACAUGUCUAUGUUUAUAUCCUUGCAAAUCUUAAAAGUUCAUGAAUUUUAAUAAAAAGUGACUCCAA